CACCAGCUCCGAGUCAUGCAGAUUCCAACCGUUCCAACAUCAACAUGGACACCCCCCACCCCACCCCCACCUCCGCAUUCACACGCAAUGUCUCUUGACAUUGCAAUCAUCUGGUUCAUUUUAGGGAGUUGUAUCCACGGAAAGCCACUUACACCAAUUUUGGCAGAUUAACAUCCCUGCUGUGCAUCAAACAUGCCAUCUACUGGAAGACUGUGGCUACUACGCUCUACUCAAGCAUGGUCAUCAGUCUAAACCGGGGGUAGGAAACCAAUGGCUCGGGGGCCAGAUAUGGCUCUUUUGAUGACUGGCUCUCACACAUUUCUUGACAUUUAUUUAUUGAUGUAUUUUUUUGCUGACAUUUUAAAGUAAACAUUACAGAAAUCACAAUGUUACAAAUAACAUUGAAAAUAUAAAACUUUCUCCAGCAGGGCGGGCGACCACAGCCAAUGCCAACUGUCCUUCCGAUAUUUCCAAAAUUCCAUUGUUACUGGAUAAUGCGGGCCAUUGGGAUGUCAAGAGGUAAACUCCUCUCCUUUGAUCACAUAGUCGCCCAUAGCUAAUGCUGCAGAGCCAACCCUUUAGAGGAAGAAGAUGGCGAAAAGAAAGAACGACACGGAGAACGAUGCAAAACCAUGCAGCACCAGAAGUUGCAUUAACGGGUGUACCCCGCCUCUCGCCCCAAGUCAGCCUGGAUAGGCUCCAGCAUACCCGCAACCCUAGUGAGGAUAAGUGGCAUAGAAGAUGGAUGGAUGGUUUUCAUGGCUCUCUUAGCCAAAAAGGUGCCCGACCCUGCUCUAAACUGUAAGUGCCUUAGUCUUAUUUUUCCCUCCAAAAACAGCCUUCGCAUGCCUGUGGAAUUGUAAAAGUUACUAUCCAGUGUAGUUUGAAGUUGACUUAGUGUAUUCAUGACACACAGCUGAUUGUACCAUUUAAAUAAAACACAUACGCAUACACAAGCACUACACAGCCGUAUUAGUGAGCACUUCUCCUGCCGAGAUCAUCUAUCCAGAGCAUCCCAAAAGUCUUCAAUGGGUGACGCCCGGCGAGUAUGUUGGCCAUGCGAAAACUGGGGUGUGUUCAGCUUCCAGUGAUUGUGUGCAGAGCUUGCAGCAUUGGGCCGUGCAUUAUCAUACUGCAACAUGAGGUGAUGGUCGAGGCUGAACGGCACAACAACGGGCUUCAGCAUCUCGUCACGGUAUCUUCAAUAAAAUGCACCUGUUUGUUGUUCACAGCAUACGCCUGCCCAUGUACCCAUAACCCCCCCGUCACUCCAUCCACAACGUUGACAUCAGCACGACGCCCGCACGACGCCAUACACGCUGUUUGCCAGCUGCCCUGUACAGUGUAAACGGGGAAAAUGGGUAUUCAUCCACGAAGCGAACACCUCUCCGAAGUGCCAGACGCCAUCGAAUACGUGACAAGGAACAUCACACGACUACAUUUGCACAGUUCGACGUGCCUAAAAAGGAGGAGGAAGACGCAGAGCUCAUUUAAUCUUACCCAUCUAUUACUGAUCAUUCAUCCACAGUAUAUCUUUUACGUGUUGACACAAUAUUUUAGACACAUGAGACGAUCGGGGCAAAUGCAGAAACUUGACUUGGUCUCCUUGAGCAAACACAAAAUACAUAUAAUUACAUGACAUGACAUGACAUGUUUUCCCCCACGUAGGCCCGAAGUAAGAACUCACUGUUUAUUCUCCUGCAUUGGUUGAUAUCCUUCCAAGCGAAGCAGCUGGACCAUGUGUCUGUAAUUAGACACGAAUUCAAUUAAUAUAAAUUCAAUUUAUUUGAAAACAUAAUGACAAAUCAAAGGAUAAGCGUGACUUUUUGGGUUGCGUGCACAGCGAAUUACAAAAAAUAAUGUCAGUAACACAAUACGUAGCAAAGACAAUCGAAUGACUAUUUGUGACUGUUUUCUCGCAUUGUCUAUUUUAAGGGUGCGACUUUAUUGAUUAUUGCACAUGAUGGGACGCACACAGACUGUCUUUACAGCGGCCCUGGCGUCGUCUCCUGCUGGGGAGCACGUCCUGCUUUCAGGCUCUUCUCGGCUGGCUGGAGCUCAGACUUGAAAAACCCGCAAUAAAUUCCUCGAACUGUGCACACUUAGCACCAUUUGUGUCCAAAACAGAGGACAUGGAAACAAAUUAGGAUCCGUUAAAUGGCUCAUAUGACGCGCUGCGUGGUGACAGGCACUGAUCUUUACUGGAUGGUUCAUGACUAUAUCUUAAGGCAUUUGUUGCCAAAGUAAAACAUUUGUCAUUUGCAAUGAUGUGUGUGAAGUUUCAAGUCAUGCAUCACCAAAUUAAUUUGCAUGACGUCAAAUCCACAUGUGAUACAGCUGGGAAAAAACCAAAACACUGAAUAGUACUACUGGAAUGGAGAAGGCGGUGUGUCCAAAGUGUGGCCUCGGGGCAAUCUGCGGAUCGCUGUUCAUUUUCUAUUGCCCUGUGGUUAUUUCAUUAAAACUUGGAAUGUUACAAGAUAAAAGCUGCAAUGUUGAAUGUUACACUAAUGAAGAAAAAUAUAUUAAACACUACAUUAACGGAAGAGACUAGAGCGAUACUUACUAUUUGAUUUGCCAACUUUAACACAGACUUCCCCCCUUUUAAAUAUAUUCCCUUCUUUCCAAGUUUGAGCUACAUUGGGUUGGGUUUAGUGUUAAUUUUUCUGCAUGUGGUCCUCCAGACACCCUUGGUUUAGUUCUACUCAAAUGUUAUUUUUUCAAAAUGUAGGAAUGAUUACAAUAUAUUUAUGUUUGUCUCACGCUGCUAUAUAGAAAAAAAAUAUCUAUACAAGUUGGUGUUUGGGUUUUCGUGUGACAAGAUUACACAAUUAUGUUUAUAUUUUUUGUUAUUCAACACAUUUUUGAGAGUUGUUGUUCGGAGUUUCAUCCUGAGAAACGGAAAGACGCCCCAUAUUGUAACAACGCCUGUGAUACGAGGAAAGUUUUCAUUCUCGGCCAAUCACCGUAGACGUCUGGUAAAUGGGGGUCUGCCCCCUGGACCAAUCAGAGCCGAGAGCGCUGACCGGCUAGGAUAUGAGCUCCACUACUUUGGACUGUCUCUUCUCACUUGUCCGCCAUCAACAAAUUACAAUAACAUUUCGGAUGCAUCACUUUUAGAAGGGAUAAAGUGGACUAUUUCGACUUACUGGCUUCCGGCUUUCUUAUUCCGGGACGGUCGGAUGUUCGCUGUGCCACCAAAACGUAAAUUGUGACGCUUCCCAGGCGGUAGACGGUGACGGCAGAAUCACAACUUCUGGCUUGGAGGGAUUCGUCUAACACUUGGGUUGGUGGAAGUAUGACCGCGCUGGCUGGGUCUAUCCCCAGGAUGAUGCGACCCACGCUGGCUCAGAACUACCCACGCAGCGGCUUCCCUCUGGAAGUGUCAACUCCGCUGGGUCAAGGCCGCGUUAACCAGCUCGGUGGAGUGUUCAUAAAUGGCCGGCCUUUGCCCAACCAUAUUCGGCAUAAAAUCGUGGAGAUGGCCCAUCACGGCAUCCGGCCGUGCGUCAUCUCCAGACAGCUCCGGGUCUCCCACGGCUGCGUGUCCAAAAUCCUGUGCCGAUACCAGGAGACCGGCUCCAUCAGACCGGGGGCAAUCGGGGGCAGCAAACCCAAGCAGACAACGACGCCGGAGGUGGACAAGAGGAUAGAAGACUACAAGCGGGAAAACCCGGUGAGCGCCAUCAGUCGCGUCAUGAGGAGCAAGUUUGGGGGCAAAGAUGAUGAUGAAGACGAAGAUGAUGGUGAGAAGCUGGAGGACAUUGACCGCAGGGCCAAACACAGCAUUGAGGGCAUCUUGGGAGACAGAUCGAGUCACUCAGAUGAGGGUUCAGAUGUGGAGUCAGAGCCUGAUCUUCCAUUGAAAAGGAAACAACGGCGCAGUCGGACCACGUUCACGGCAGAGCAGCUGGAGGAGCUGGAGAGAGCCUUUGAGAGGACCCACUACCCUGACAUCUACACCAGGGAGGAGCUUGCCCAGAGAGCUAAGCUAACUGAGGCCAGGGUGCAAGUGUGGUUCAGCAACCGGCGGGCCAGGUGGCGGAAGCAAGCAGGAGCCAAUCAGCUGAUGGCCUUUAAUCACCUGAUCCCAGGAGGUUUCCCACCAUCAGCCAUGUCCAGCAUUCCUGCUUACCAGCUCUCUGACAGCACCUACCCCUCUUCAUCUAUAGCACAAGUCUCUGACCCGCCCAGCACGCUGCAUCGGCCACAGCCUCUUCCUCCCUCCUCUGGUCACCAAGUGUCAAGUGGUGGAGGACAAGGCGAAGGAAGCUCUGCCUACUGCCUAGCCUCUGGGCGCCACUCCUUCUCAGGAUACUCUGAAAGCUUUGCAAGUCCAGGGGUCCCAGCUAAUCCCAUGAACCCAGCCAUUGGAAAUGGACUCUCUCCACAGGUGAUGGGUCUGUUGAACCCCGGUGGUGUUCCGCAACAACCUCAAAGCGACUAUGCCAUCUCACCUCUGACUGGGGGUCUGGAACCGCCUGCUGGCAUGCCCGCCAGCUGUAGCCAACGUAUGGAUCACAUCAAAGGUCUGGAAGGUUUGACCAGCGUUCCCUCCAUGUCAGCUCUGCCUUCCCUGCCCAGCUCCCAGUCCUACUGCCCCCCCUCCUACAGCUCCCAGGCCUACACAGUGGACCACAUGGCGUCCUACCAGUAUGGCCAGUACGGACAAAGUAAGGUGCCUUUCCUUAUCUGAGACCUGAGAUCGCCUAAGCAGAAGCUGGAGUCCGAGGAGGAGAUCAUUCAUAAGUCGGACCAAAACCAACCCGGACAUCACAUGACUGCUUCUUGUGGAGGACAACUCUAAGAAGGGACCACAAGCAGGAACUUUGGAUCAGAAUCGGUUGCUCCACUGUGGACAUUGAAGAUGGACAGCACACAUACCAGCGCUUACUUCACCACAGCACAUACUGUAUGACUUCCCAAAACGCCUCAAGCCGACUCCACCCAACUGUGGGGUCUUUUAGAACCCAAAUCUAACCAGCCAUGAGAGCAACGCACACAUCUUAAAGCCACAUGAGGACGUAUGAAAAUCCACGUAACGCCAAAUUAUUCUCCCAAGCGGUCGCUGCCCAGGGGGAAAAGGAAGAGGCCUUUGCUGAUUUUAUCUUCAUGCCAUUAUUUGAGAUCCCACACAAGCCACACAUGGAGAGAAAUUCCAGAGGCAAAGAAAGCAAACACGGGAAUAUGAAUAUGUGGGUACUCUAACAUACACCACAGCUGUACUGCACAGAAAGUUGAUUUAAAACUCCAUCCGAGCACCGCCCCCUCCUCCGUCUUCCUCCCUGUGUCUCAUUGACGUUUUGGAGAGCGAGGCACGGAUCCUGGCCUUUUGUAGUAGUCCAGAAUCCUUGCAGGAGGUCAGGGGUGACGUGAAGGAAAGUGACAGAUGAGAGAGCAGUAGAGGAGGGCGGUGGAGAAGGGGCUUUAAAAUAAAGGAAGGGUUGAUAGGCAAGAUCGAUCACAGGCUAAACCCUUUAAAGAUCUUCCUCUUCCCAGAAAAAGCCACCAGGUCACAAGUCACGACCACGAGACACUUGAGAAUGCAAGAGCGCAACAAUGUUUAGAUAAAAAGGCGGCCAUUCUCACAGCUGAGCAGAAGUGCAAUAUCAUGUGUCCACACCAUUUCAGUGUUGUCACACAAUGCUUGAUUGGAGAACAGGCAUGAAAUGAAGCCCAGUAUUACGUUCAAAGUGGACAACCUUCCCAUAACGCCAGCUUCACGGCGCCUGCAGGCUUGGAUAUGAUUUUGAAACAAUUAAUGCUUGUUAUUUUCUCCACAAACAAGAAACGGUUAUGACAGAUUUUCAUGUUUCGCAUUGUCUUCUGUACAAAAUUCAUAAUUCUUCUAUAAUACUUGUGACAACGGGUAUCCCCUUUUGUAUGGGAGUUCAUUACAGUGGAACCCGCUGAAGUCGGUCCUGCUCAGGUGGACAACUCGUCUCUGUGUGCUCAACACGUUCUUCUUAUGACUAAACAGUGCUCGCUUAAGUCAACACCAUCCACGAGUAUUGGGGCCACAUUGGAAAAAAAUGAUAAUCGGAGAUCUGGAGAAUAAAGUAGAAAGAAAAAACAUGUACAUUUACGAGAAUAAAGUCCUAAAUUUACGAGAAAAAAGUUGUACAUUUAUGAGGAAAGUCAUAAAUUUAGGAAAAUAAAGUGGUAAUCUUACGUGUCAGAGGGAAAAUAGAGCAUAGCUCUUCAAUCAGGAAGGAAACAUUCCUCGUGCUUCAGGCAAGCUUUUAUUUCUGACGUGGCAGCAAAACAGAGCAGUUGAGCACAAACAGAUGCUCAUGUCUUCCCUUCCGUCCUCGCCCCCUCCGCAUGCCCACGUACGACACGAUGACACGUAGUGUUACGACUUUAUUCUCAAAAUCUCAAAUUUUAUUUUUCCAAUGUGGCCCUAAUACUCCGUCGUACCUUCAAAAUUUCAGACUCAAAAGGCUCCCUAUGAAAAAGGAGUCUGUAUUGUCAGUGUCAUCAUUUUGGCUAAACAGCAACCCAGAGUGUAUUUACACAGCAUUAACACGUGCACUGUGACUUCCUGUUUAGUGCAAAGUAAGCUUCAAAAUAAUAUUAGCCAGGAUUUUACCACAGCAACUAACAAAAUGCACCCAUUUAAUUUUGUAUGCAUUUUUUUUUUAUUUUGUUAGCCACCGAAAGUUAGAUUUGCACACGGUCGAAACAUUUCUUGUCAUUGUAGUCGAGGAGUACAACAAAAGGACUGUAGGGCUGUAGCUGCUCAUGUAUAAAAAAUAAAAAACAUUUGAGGAAAACAAAGUCAACAAACUGCUAAAAAGUCCUUCAUUUUCUGUCCAAAGUCACAAGUUAAUGUGCAAGCAGGGGCUAGUUUCGGUUUAGAUUUCGGUUAUGUUGACAGCCGCUUAUGUCGACGUCAAUCAGCCAGCCCGAUAUGAACGGGUUCCACUGUAAUUAGGGAAAUGCACAUGUGCAACACCAACCGACCAAUCGCACGGAGCCGGUGUAAAUAAAGAUUGUUUGUCAAAUUCAUUCCGAACUCGUUGCAAAGCAUUCCAAAUGAAAAAACAAAAACAUGAAAGUUGCCCACAAACAAGCACUCUGUUGUUUGGAUAUGUUUGCUAGAAUGAUCCUGUUAGUCGUUUGCUAUAUUUUUGGUACAGUAUUAUGAAAUAAAACGACAUAAGGCCAUGUAUGUGUAUAAGCGCAUUAUCCUACUAUUUAUAAUGAA